UCCAGUAGUGUGUGUGUUGGUGUGUGUUGAUGUGAGUGUAAACGGUGAACAGUUCAGCCGCCGGAGGACUUUUCUCAGCGAAUAAAACCUAUUUCUUUCGUGACUACAGCCCGAAGCGAGGACAAGACGAGGAGGACAAAUGCGAAAAUGCGAGAAGAACUCCAGGAAGAGAGCGAGUGCUUAUUAAAAAUUCAGCGCGGGAGAACAGACAUUAUCGCUCUUUCGGAUGACUUGUGGCAGCACCGAGGAUAAACUCCGCUUCUAACGGGCUCCACACGCCGCUGAAUGGGCUGGAGUUUGGUCCGAAACCUUUACUACGGCCAAAAUCCACGGGGAGAGGGGAGGAGAGGGGGAGAAAACGCCCUGCCGCUGCCUGUUGCUGCUAUCUCCAAAUUCAAACUUUAUCGCCGAGUUGGGAAAAUGCAUCUUCCAGUGACCGGGAGGGGAUAACUCCGGUGAAACGUCGUGUUUGUUAGCUCACAGCCCGCUAACCGGAGGCCCGCUCACUUGGCAAGUUUCGUGAGUGUGUAGCUUUGGGAAUAUUUUCUCCUCAUUGUGCACACUAUUCCUGUCGGAGGCAAGUUGGGUGGGCUGAGAGCCCAGGGCUGCUCCGCUAGGCCCACGGCCAUUAGCCACGAACAAAGAGGGUUCACAUGUAAACUCACAGUCUUUGGAAAAAAACUCCUCAUAUUUUCAAGUCAGCUUCGCCACCGACGCCGCAGUCAUGUCUCUGGGCGCCGAGAGGAGGAUGGAAGUCCGGCUGAAGAAGCUGGAGGACAUGAUCAGAGACCCCAGAUCUGCCAUAAACCUGGAAAGUUUGCUGGACUCCAUAAAUGCGCUAGUCUUGGACUUGGACUACCCUGCACUACGCAAGAACAAAAACAUUGAAACCUUCCUAAACAGAUAUGAGAAAGUCAUCGGGCAGUUUCGAGACCUCCAGAUGAAGUCUGAAGACUUUGACAGAGUUAAAGUCAUUGGUCGAGGGGCAUUUGGUGAAGUCCAGUUGGUCAGACAUAAAGCCUCACAGAAGGUCUACGCCAUGAAGCUGCUGAGCAAGUUCGAGAUGAUCAAGCGCUCAGACUCUGCAUUCUUCUGGGAAGAGAGGGACAUCAUGGCCUUUGCCAACAGCCCCUGGGUUGUACAGCUGUGCUGUGCCUUCCAAGAUGAGCACUACCUCUUCAUGGUGAUGGAGUACAUGCCAGGAGGCGACCUGGUCAACCUCACCAGCACCUACGACGUGCCAGAGAAGUGGGCAAAGUUCUACACAGCAGAGGUGGUGAUGGCCCUGGACGCCAUUCACUCCAUGGGCUUCAUCCACCGCGACGUCAAGCCGGACAACAUGCUGCUGGAUAGACACGGACACCUGAAACUGGCCGACUUCGGCACAUGCAUGAAGAUGGACUCUACCGGCAUGGUACACUGUGAUACUGCAGUUGGGACUCCAGACUACAUCUCUCCUGAGGUGUUGAAAUCCCAGGGAGGAGAUGGUUACUAUGGGAGGGAAUGCGACUGGUGGUCCGUAGGGGUCUUCAUUUUCGAGAUGCUUGUUGGUGACACGCCGUUCUACGCCGACUCUCUGGUGGGAACCUACAGUAAGAUCAUGGACCAUAAAAACUCCCUCAACUUCCCCGAUGACGUGGAGAUCUCCAAAGAUGCCAAGAAUAUCAUCUGUGCCUUCCUGACUGACAGGGAGGUGCGGUUAGGCAGAAACGGUGUGGAAGAAAUCAAGCGACACCCUUUCUUCAAAAACGACCAGUGGACCUUCGACACCAUCAGAGACACGGUUGCCCCUGUGGUCCCGGAGCUGAGCAGCGACAUAGACACCAGCAACUUUGAUGAGAUCGAGGAUGACAAAGGCGACGUAGAAACCUUCCCCACACCGAAGGCCUUUGUUGGAAAUCAGUUACCAUUUGUUGGCUUCACCUACUUCAAAGAAGACCAGUUGCUAAACGCUUCCAACAAUUCCUCAGUGACUCAUGAGAAUUCGAAAGGAGAAUCAGCAGCUCUGCAGAAGAAACUUCGUCACCUGGAGGUGCAGAUGAAUAAUGAUAAGCAGGCCAAAGAUGACCUCGACCACAAGUACAGAGCCGCCACCAGCCGUCUAGAUAAAGUCUCUAAAGAACUCGAGGAAGAGGUGAGCAGCAGAAAGAACCUGGAGUCGAAUCUGAGGCAGCUGGAGAGGGAAAAGGCUCUGCUGCAGCACAAGAGCCUGGAGAGCCACCGCAAGGCCGAGAGCGAGGCUGAUAGAAAGCGCUGUCUGGAGAAUGAAGUCAACAGUCUUCGUGACCAGCUAGAUGACAUGAAGAGAAGAAACCAAAAUUCACACAUUUCCAAUGAGAAGAACAUUCACCUACAAAAACAGCUGGAAGAAGCCAACACGCUGCUGCGGGCCGAAUCGGAGGCGGCGACGCGACUUCGUAAAACCCAGACAGAGAGCAGCAAGCAGCUGCAGCAGCUGGAGGCCAACGUGCGCGAAAUGCAGGACAAAUGCUGCCUGCUGGAGCGCAGCAAGCUCAGCCUGGAGAAGGAAUGCAUCAGCCUGCAGGCUGCACUGGAGGCGGAGAGGAGGGAGCACAGCCAGGGCUCGGAAACCAUCAGCGACUUGAUGGGACGCAUUUGUGGCCUGGAGGAGGAGGUGCGUCAGCAGCGGCAGGCUUUGUCCAAAGCUGAGACUGAGAAGAGACAGCUUCAGGACAAACUCACUGAUCUGGAGAAGGAGAAGAGCAACAAGGAGAUUGAUUUGACCUACAAGCUGAAGGUGCUGCAGCAGGAGCUGGAACAGGAGGGGGCGUCUCAUAAGGCCACCAGGGCUCUGCUGGCUGACAAGAGCAAGAUCAAAGUAACCAUCGAGGGUGCCAAGUCAGAGUCCAUGAAGGAGAUGGAGCAGAAGCUGGCGGAGGAGCGAGCAGCCAAACUGCGACUGGAGAACAGAAUACUGGAGCUGGAGAAACACAGCAGCAUGAUGGACUGUGACUAUAAACAGGCCUUACAGAAACUAGAUGAGCUGCGCAGACAUAAGGAACGCCUCACAGAGGAGGUGAAGAACCUGACCCUGAAGAUUGAGCAGGAGACCCAGAAGCGUAGCCUGACUCAGAACGACCUGAAGGCCCAGAACCAGCAGCUCAACGUCCUGAGAACCUCCGAGAAACAGCUUAAGCAGGAAACCAAUCACCUGCUAGACAUCAGACGCAGCCUGGAGAAGCAGAACCAAGAGCUGCGCAAAGAGAGACAGGAAACCGAUGGACAAAUGAAGGAAUUACAAGACCAGUUAGAGGCCGAACAGUAUUUCUCAACUCUCUAUAAGACCCAGGUCCGUGAACUGAAGGAGGAAUGUGAGGAGAGGAACAAACUCUACAAAGAUGUGCAGCAGUCUCUGCAGGAGCUGCAGGAGGAGAGGGACUCUUUGGCAGCACAGCUGGAGAUCACCCUGACGAAGGCUGACUCAGAGCAGCUGGCACGUUCCAUCGCUGAGGAGCAGUACUCAGACCUGGAGAAGGAGAAGAUAAUGAAGGAGCUGGAACUGAAGGAGAUGAUGGCUCGCCAUCGCCAAGAGCUGGCCGAGAAGGACAUCACCAUCAGUUCGCUGGAAGAAGCCAACAGAACCCUGACCAGCGACGUCGCCAACCUGGCCAAUGAGAAGGAGGAGCUGAACAACAAACUGAAGGAGGCAGCAGAAGAUUCAGAUAAGUCGAAGGACUGGGAGCAGCAGUUCAACCAGAUGAAGCAGGCAUUUGAGAAGCAGCUGCAGUCAGAGAGGACGCUGAAAACUCAGGCUGUCAAUAAGCUGGAGGAGAUCUGUAUGAAAAAGCCGGAAGUACGUGGUGGCGGUGGUGGUGGCAGUCGCCGUGGUAAUGACACAGACAUGCGGCGGAAGGAGAAGGAGAACAGGAAGCUGCAGCUGGAGCUCAGGUCGGAGAAGGAGAAGCUCAACAGCAGCAUUAUCAAAUACCAGAGAGAGAUCAACGAAAUGCAGGCACAAUUGGCAGAUGAGAGUCAGAUGCGUAUCGAGCUGCAGAUGGCUCUGGACAGUAAGGACAGCGACAUAGAGCAGCUGAGAAAUCUCUUGCAAUCGCUCAGUGUUCAGUCGAUGGACUCUGCCAGCAUCAGCAGCGGGCCGGAGUUUGAUGCUGACGAUGCAUACACAGAAACAAGGCUGGAGGGUUGGCUCUCUCUCCCCGUCAGAAACAACACAAAGAAGUUUGGAUGGGAGAAAAAAUAUGUUGUAGUGAGCAGCAAGAAGAUUCUCUUCUACAAGAGCGAGCAAGACAAGGAGCAGUCCAUUCCCUACAUGGUGCUGGAUAUAGAAAAAAUCUUCCAUGUGAGGCCUGUCACUCAAACAGAUGUGUACCGAGCUGACGCCAAAGAGAUUCCCAGGAUAUUCCAGAUUCUUUAUGCCAAUGAAGGCGAAAGCAAAAAAGAGCCAGUGUUUCCUGUGGAGCCGCUGGCCAUCGGAGAGAAGUCCAGCUACAUCUGCCACAAAGGCCACGAGUUCAUCCCCACGCUCUACCACUUCCCCACCAACUGUGAGGCGUGCACCAAACCACUGUGGAACAUGUUCAAGCCACCGCCUGCUCUGGAGUGCCGGCGCUGCCACAUCAAGUGCCACAAGGACCACAUGGACAAGAAGGAGGAGAUCAUCGCCCCCUGCAAAGUGAACUACGACGUGUCUACAGCCAAGAACUUGCUGCUGCUGGCCCUGUCCCAGGAGGAGCAGCAGAAGUGGGUGAGCCGACUGGUCAAGAAGAUCCCAAAGAAGCCUCCACCACCAGAGCACUUUGCACGCUCCUCGCCAAGGGCCUCCAUGAAGGUUCAGCCCAGCCAGUCCAUGAGGAGGCCCAGCCGACAGCUUCCCACCAGCAAGAGCAGUUAACCUUGCUCUGGAGUGUGGAGCCUCUCUAAGGUGGUGGGGGGUGUUUCCUCACAAAUCUAAGACUCUACAAAGCUCCGUUUGCAGAUCAGCACACUGAACUCCACAUCACUUCUCCACCACCGGCCACCCUGUCCUGCUUCAGCCUGUGAGAGUUACCAAGUCCAUUUUCUCUUUUGUUCAACGUGAUUCCAGCCGCUUCCAUCUGUCAGGCUCACCUCGACACCUGUGAUGGUUUUAAACGAGCUGGGUAGCUUGUAAACACAUUAGCUGAAGUGUUCUCUUGAUUGUGUCUCUGGGUGGCUGGAGGAGCUCGUUGAUUGCCCACAGAACAGAGGAGAGCUCUUAGAAGCCUGACCACGGCCGGCAGGAAGGAGAUACACUUACCUCAACCAUUCAAUUCAAACAAUCACCGGGACACAGCGUCUGAUUGAAGGACCCGACAGGAAAAAUCGUCCUCACCACCUUUGGGGAUUCUUGUGGCCAAAAAAUGAAAAGACAUUCUUGUGUUUAAUGAUUCUGAACGAUAUGAAGGGUUUAAUGGGGAACACUACACUCAGAAGACAGUCAGUUGUGUUUGUUGUUGGGUUGUUUGUCCCGGAUAGUGUCUGUACUUUCUAUAACAGAAUGAUUGUAGCUUCUUGCUUUCCACAGAUCUGCUUCCAGCUGCCUGUCCACAGAGUCAAAGAAGCUCCAAUGAGGUGCUUGAGCAAACCAGUUUUGUUGAUAAGGUGGGGAUGGGAUGUCAGGCUGGUCAUGCAUUUGAGCAAAUCAUUCCUUGAGUGCGCUUAUUCAGAUUAGUGACUGAGGCAUGCGCUGAACCACCGGUGUGCCGCUGUGUGACUACAGUUCUUAGUGAACACACGGCCAGACAUGAGAUCCUCACAAUCCCAUAUCUCACAAACCUGCACUGUCAUUUCUGAGGGUUAAUGUUUACUGAAUUCAAGGGGUGCACCGUUAAUGCUUUUCUGAUCCGAGCUCGGCUCCUUUUGUUUUGAAUGUACAUCUGGGCUUUCCCAGAGACGACACACAGGCAUUGUAUCACAUGGAUCCAAAUAUACUUGACUGAAGCCCCCUUUCAGCACCAACUACUCUGCAUGCGUUUGCUUUUUCAGGCCCUGCACUCGAGUGCUGCCACCCACAGGCCUCCACCUACUAGCAAAUGUUGUUUUUUGGUCAGUAGUGACAAUGAAAGCGAGGGGAAGUUAACCAGUAAGAAGCAGAAACAAUGAAGGUAUGCAAUCAUAUCCUGAUCCCAUGAGUUCAAAUACUGAGCAGCACUAUUCCAUUGAAAGUUUUCUAAAAGUGUUUGUCCUGAUAUUUUUGUAUUAAAAGUAACCAAACUCUGAGUUUGGACACGUUGUUGUGUGUAUGUGGCUUAUAUAGCAGAUGGAGAGUAAACUAUGUGAGUGUGUGUGUGUGUACCGAGUGCUCUCCUUUAACCAAGAAGCAUGUUUUAUACAUAUAAAUAUACACAGUAUAUAUUUUACAUGCCAUACAGUGCACAUUAUAUUAUUUAUACAGCCUUGUCCACUUUGUAUUUAAGGGCUCUACAUCCAGAUUGCAUGUUUGCUACCAAACAGCUCUAUAAUAAUAACCACUUCAACAAUAAAGACAUGGAUGUGC